AUGAUCUAUAAUUUGAUUCAAAGCAACGAAUCACUAAAAGUCAAGAGAUGUGCCGUCAAUGCAAUGUUUGUGACCGCAUAUAAUGCCGACGUUAAGGACCAGUUGACGCCAUUAGCUAAGGGUUGUCUGCCAGUCCUUUGCUCCCAACUCGACACCGAUGACAAAGAGUACCUGAAUUUAGUUUUGUUAACAAUCAUUAGUUUCCUGUUUUGGGAAUUUAAGGCAUUUCUCGGCAAAGAGAAAAAGUUGUUGACUUCGGAGGACACUCUGUCGCCAUUUGCGGUGAUAAUCCAAGACUGUGAUGGCUUACAACGAUUAAAGCAAAUCAAAGAGUCCAACAAUAAUAACCAUACGCCCACACAAGAGAUACGGCGGGUCGAGGAGAUACUGGCGCUGGCCUUUCACGUGGAGACCCGGCCCCCGGAGCGGAAACAGUCUCUAUAUUUAAUGUCGUCCACGUUUCCCGAGGUUAAUCCCAGGGUAAAACAGGAACCUCUCGAUAGUCUUGUUGACGAAUACUCUAUAAACCUAAACGAGUUUAAAGGGAAAGUCUUUCCCCGACUCUGGGAACUGUUGUCGACUACCAGUGCUCUAAUGCUGUUACAACUCAUUCUCUACAACGACUAUAAGACCCAAAAAUCACAACUAAUUAAG